AUGAUAGCGCCGGACGUGGAACCUGAACUAGGAGAGAGCUUGCUACUGGAUCAAUUACAUGAUUUACACCGGCAAUUAGCAGCUGUGCGUCAUGACUCUCAGCGCCACACAUCGUCAUCUCGCAAUCUUGGGCCGAUCCCUAUGGCCAAUGACUCUGGAAAGAUCAUUGUAUGUUCACUGCGCCGUUGCGUGCGGAUGCUUAAAACAGAGCGUGGCGACAGUUGGCAAUACGUUGCAUCGAAUUCUGGACUUAAAAGCGCAAUUGAACAUCUUGGACAGGGUAAUACAGUGCGGUGGGUCUCGUGGCCAGGUGCGAUCGUGGACGAGUCGAGUGAGGACGGAGUGCGUCGCCGUCUCGAGACGGAAUUUGCUUGCCAUCCAGUUUUUUUGAACCACGAAACAUUGGAUUUAUACCAAAACCAAUUUUGUGAUGUGGUACUCUGGCCUUUAUUUCACUCGCUACCGCAGCGCUCAGACACCCGUCUGCUUGAGAAUUUUGGUGAGAAAUACGACGCUUACUGCUCAGCCAAUCAAAAGUUUCUGGAGGCUGUGUCCGAAAUUUACAAAGAUGGCGAUCUUGUGCUUGUGUGUGACUAUCAACUCAUGACAUUGCCAGGAUUGUUGCGUCGACGGUUUCCGGAAAUUACGUGUGGCUUUUAUUUUCAUUGUCCCUUUCCGUCGUCUGAGUUUUUUCAAAUGCUACCAGUUCGUGACGCGUUGCUUCACGGAGUUUUGGGUGCUGAUCUUGUGGUAUUUGAUCAUUUUGAUUAUGUGCGUCACUUUUUAAGCGUUUGUACGCGCAUGUUCGGACUCGAGUCGUCGCCAAGUCGCGUCGAGUACAAUGGGCGUCUAAUUUCAUUGGGUAUUUGUCCUAUGGGUAUUGAUCCUGUCAAAUAUACGUUGACCUCAAAAGCAGAGGUCUACGUUGAUAUGGUUAAGAAACAACAAGAUGGCAUGAAAAUUAUUUUAGGUGUAAACAAACUUGACUUUUGCAAAGGAAUACCAGAAAUGCUUGAAGCAAUGGAGUAUCUCUUGCAGCAUUACCCAGAAUACCGUGGGAAAGUGGUGUUGUAUGCUGUUGUUCGGGAUGCAGGACGUAUAGCUUCUUUACAAUAUCGAAUGCUUAGUCGUCAAAUCGAUGAGCUAGUUGGUCGUGUGAAUGGACGAUUUGGAACCGCGGAAUAUUGUCCUGUUCACUAUCUCAAGCACUCGAUUGAUCGCGCUCAGCUUGUGGCACUUUAUAAUUGUGCUGACGUGGCCAUCGUUAGCAGCAUCAAGGAAGGGAUUAAUUUGCAGGCUAUGGAAUUUAUUGCUGCUCAAAAGAAGAGCUGCCAUGGAGUCCUAGUCUACAGCGAAUUUGCUGGGUGUGCGUCAUCCUUUCAAGGUGCACUGUUGGUAAACCCGUUGCACAUUGAGCAGGUUGCGGCAAGCAUGGAUACGGCGCUGCGUAUGAAUACCACUACGAAACGUAUUCGACACCACCAAUUGUCGCGCUAUGUGAACACGUACACGUCAGCACUGUGGGCUAAACGGAUCAUGUCAGCUCUGAAUGAGGCAGCGGCCACUGCGCAAGAGUACAAUCGUCUAGAUAAACUCGAUACCGCUCAACUGCUGGGGUAUUACGAACGAAGCCAGCGACGUCUAUUUUUGCUGGACUACGAUGGAACCCUUGUGAAUUUUCAGAGUAUGGAGGAGCUAGCUGAACCUUCGCCAGGAUUAAUGUCGUGCCUUGAAGAUCUGACUGCCGACCCCAAUAAUACUGUCUAUAUCAUCAGUGGCAGGAACAAAAAUCGUUUGCAGGAAUGGUUUGGUCACUUAACGCGAGUAGGACUCGCUGCAGAGCAUGGAUAUUGGUUUCGUCCCGCUUCAAAACAUCCAUCCGCAGUUUAUGCAGAUGCGAAGAGUGAUACGUAUGGGAGUGAAGACUCACCGCACGCAGCAGAAGUUCACCCUGUUACGCUCGUCGGUGAAGACGAUCCACUGUCAUCUUCAUCUAUCAAGGUGGGAGGAAUCGAGAAUGAGCUAGUGACUUUUGAAAGAGCUCCAUGGCAAUGCAUGUUCAGUGACGUUGAACUAGAAUGGCGUGAUGAAGUCGAAAGUAUUUUGGAACACUUUACGGAGCGAACUCCUGGUUCCCUCUUGGAUGUGAAAGAUUGCUGCUACACAUGGCACUUUCGGGACGCUGACCCUAUCUUUGGACUGAAGCAAGCAAAAGACAUGCAGCUUCAUUUUGACCAAAUGCUACGUGAUUUGCCGGUUGGAGUGAUAAUGUGUCGAAUCAAGAAAUACAUCAUGAUUCGACCAUGGCGUGUGAACAAGGGACGCGCUGUAAGUCGUAUUCUGGAGUACGAAAGUGAGACACCGUACUUCACAGCACUAGACUUUGAUUUCAUCCUUGCUCUUGGCGAUGAACGCACAGAUGAAGACAUGUUUGACGUCGUCCAGGGAAGCAACUGCUAUACGUGCACCGUGGGCAAAAAAAUCAGUCGCGCACAGUAUUACCUCGAGGACCCGGACGAAGUUCUUCGCGUGCUGACUGCAUGUACGAGCUAUAUGGCGACUGAAAGACAAGCACUCCAGGGAUGA